GUUAUAUUUACCCCUUCUUCUCCCACCCCCACCCCCGUUCCAUUCUGUCAUUUUUCUCUCCAGCCGAACACCCCGUUAAGAUUCAAGCAUUAAGGAGUUUUCGCUAUGAAAUUUGGGAAGAGCCUUAGUAACCAGAUCGAGGAUACGUUGCCUGAAUGGCGGGACAAAUUCCUUUCUUACAAGGAGCUUAAGAAGAAAGUAAAGCUCAUUGAACGUAAUUCCAACGAGAGUCCGAAUAAACGGCGUAGGUUGGAUGAAAAUUCUGGUGACGUGGUGGAUGCCAUAGAUAACUCCGGUGAUGGAGACGUUAUGUCCAGAGAGGAGACCCAUUUUCUUAAGCUGUUGGAAGAUGAGCUCGAGAAAUUCAACACGUUUUUUGUUGAGAAAGAGGAAGAAUACAUCAUUAGAUUGAAGGAAUUACAAGAUAACGUGGCAAAGGCAAAUGAUUCUACUGAAAAGAUGAUAAAGAUUUGGAAGGAGAUAGUGGACUUUCAUGGCGAGAUGGUUUUAUUAGAAAAUUAUAGCGUCCUUAACUACACAGGGUUGGUGAAAAUACUGAAGAAGUAUGACAAAAGAACUGGUGCUUUGAUCCGGUUGCCUUUCAUUCAAAGAGUGUUGCAACAGCCCUUUUACACCACGGAUUUGCUUUACAAGCUCGUGAAAGAGUGCGAGACGAUGCUGGAACACGUCUUCCCCAAGCACGAAAAACCAGCUUCCAGUGAAGCAAAGAAUGUGGAGAGCUUAUAUAUGAAAAGCACAAUAUCAGCACUGCGGGUUUUGAAGGAAAUUCGGAGCGGAAGCUCAACUGUUAGCGUUUUCUCGUUGCCUCCGCUGCAAAUAAGGGGAUUGGACGAGGCAUGGAAAAUGAGUCUUGUUCUUGAACAAGCUGCCAAGUAGUUGAAUUGUGGUAAUAUAGG